CUAUCAAAGAUUAGUCGCAACUAAGAAAAUUGGUGAGGAAGAAAUGAAGGAUUUGAUUUCCUCCAAGCAUGAAAGCAAGACCAGAGAAAAUGCAGGCUUAGGAAAGAUUGUGAUGAAAAUGGAAAAUAUGAGAGUGAAGCAUUUUGCUUUGCCUUUUCUUGUGCUUCUUUGCUUGGCAAGAAUCUGUAGCAAUAGUCUUACAGCUGAUCACUAUCCAGACCAAAUCCUCUUUGGGAAGAAGCAUUUUGUGCUGGUUCAUGGAGCCGGUCACGGAGCUUGGUGUUGGUAUAAGUUGGCAACUCUAUUGACCUCCACAGGUCACAAUGUUACAACACUAGACCUUGCAGCAUCUGGGAUCAACCAGAUCCAGGUAGAGCAAGUUCAUUUGUUCUCCGAGUACGUUGAGCCAUUGAUCAGUUUUCUGGGGUCUCUUACGCCAAAGGAGAGGGUUAUCCUGGUUGGCCACAGCUUGGGUGGAGCCGUGAUAUCAAUUGCCAUGGAGAGGUUCCCUGAGAAAAUUGCUGCUGCUGUAUAUGCUACUGCUGUGAUGCCAGGUCGUUCUCUUAGUUACUUGACUAUACAUGAUAAGCUCAAGGAAAGAUGGGAUACUAAGCAAAUGUCAUCGUACCAGCUAUCGCCACCAGAGGAUCUAAUACUAGCAUUGUCAUUGCUGAGACCUUCCCCAACAUUUAAUGAAGAUAUAAAACUCACCGACGAGAAAUACGGAUUGGUUCCAAGAGUGUUCAUCGUGUGCGACCAAGACCUUACAAUAGAGGAGGAAAUACAAAUGUGGAUGAUCAGGGAGAACCCACCAAAUGAAGUGAAAGUGAUAAAUGGUUCCGAUCACAUGGUCAUGUUCUCUAGACCACUGGAGCUGUUCUCCAACCUCCUCAAGAUUGCUGAGAAAUAUUCAUAAAAAAAUCAUGAGUACCUGAUAAUUAUUUACUAGCUAGAAGCCUAACAAGCUCAUCACCAUGGUUGUGGAGUUACGUCAAGCUAUGAAAGUGUUGGACUGUUGGUCCCCAGUCCUUGUGCGCUACUGCUACUACGAGUAGUACAGACAACUUAGACACUCGUGAUGGAGAUCGAUCAUGAAUAGUUUAUGCAUUUGAAGUGUAAUUGCUGCUCAAGCAACGAAAAAUAAUCUAUCAGUUAGGUCUUCGUAUUUUUUUUUUUUUUUUGAAAUAAAGGGCCGGUGCGGUUGCCCUCAAGCCUUGAUUAAUGAAAUUGCCAAAUACAAGGGUGAGACGUUGAGCCUAAACCCCUGAUUACAAUAA